AUGUGUAAAUCCUCUGCACUCGCCUUCGUUCUUCUUUUCGCUUUCCUAUUUCGACUCGAGUCGCCUUCUGUUAAACUCAUUUUCAUUAUUGCCACAAUGACGAUUGGUGUGGUGAUGAUGGUCGCCGGCGAGACUGCGUUCAAUGCGCUCGGAUUCAGUCUGGUCAUCGCUUCUGCUUUCUUUUCUGGUUUCCGAUGGGGUCUCACACAAAUUCUCCUACUUCGCCAUCCAGCAACCUCUAACCCCUUCUCGACUCUUUUCCUUCUAACGCCCGUCAUGUUUGUUUCCCUCAUAGUCAUCGCUCUUACUGUGGAAGGCCCCACUGAGAUCCACAAGGGUUUCCUCGCCCUGACUGAACAGCAUGGAACUCUGUUCGGAACUGGUCUGCUAAUAUUCCCGGGAGUGUUGGCAUUCUGUAUGAUUUCAUCUGAAUUUGCCCUAUUAAAGCGCUCAUCGGUGGUUACCUUGAGUAUCUGCGGUAUUUUCAAGGAAGUAGUCACAAUUAGCGCCGCAGGUGUUAUCUUCCACGACCAAUUGACUCCCGUGAAUGUGACCGGACUGGUUGUUACUAUUGGCAGUAUCGCAUGCUACAACUAUAUGAAGAUUGCCCGCAUGCGCGCUGAAGCGCAGACUAGCUGGAGCCGUGAAGGCAGUCCAGAAUCUGAUACCGAGGAUACCGACCCCAGUGGAGGUGAAACCGGUGAAUACCACCGCGUUAUCAACCCUCCGACCAGCUCUUUGCCCGAUGGCCCUUAUGACGAUGACUUGCAUGCUUCUGGGUCGGGUGACCAGCGACGCUCGUUCCGUGUCCGCGCGAGCGGCGCUAUGCAAGGGUUGACCAUUUCCACAUCCACUAUUCCCGAGGAUGAUGGAGACUCCCCCAUCAAAUCCGCCCCUCCAAACAUUACCUCGAUGUCCGAUGCAUUCCACACACCGCUGCAACCCGAUCGACAUGCAUCUUCAGAUAUGCACUCCGCUUCGUCCACCCCGCCAGUCCGACAUCAAACCCCUAUGAACUAG